AGUUUCCGCCGCGUUUAUGGCCGCGUUAAGCCGGAGUGCCGCGUUGAGUUGUUGAAUGAAGUGAACUUCAUUUGUCAGCGAUCGGUUCUUGAACUGGAAUGUAAGAGGCACCAGAGGAUUCCUGCUCUCUCCCCUGGUUUGCGGCUUGCGAUGUUGGACAUCCCCGGAUUGUUGUUUAAUAGAGAAAACUCACCUGCCUUCUUGCUAUUAAGUAGCCCCAAAAGCAGAACCUUGAUUUGUCUGUAAGGAAGAAACACAAAUCUUUUAAAAAGUUGCACUUUGACUCUCCACCGCCGACCCCCAAUCCCUUUAAUUUUGGUGUAGAAGAGGGUUUUUUCCAACAUCUCACUAUCUGGUGCUGAUCUCACUGCAUAAUGACUUUCUAUUUGUUUGGUAUUCGAAGCUUUCCUAAGCUUUGGAAGAGCCCAUACCUUGGGCUAGGCCCAGGGCAGUCUUAUGCCUCUCUCUUUCUGGCAGACAGCUGUGGCAUCAGGAACCAACAGAAGUUGUUUUCUCUUAAAACAAUGUCUCCACAGAAUACCAAAGCAACGAAUCUGAUUGCCAAGGCCAGAUAUCUCAGGAAAGAUGAAGGCAGUAAUAAGCAAGUUUAUUCUGUUCCUCAUUUUUUUUCAGCUGGAGCAGCUAAGAAGAGAUCACAAAUAAAUUCUCAAAGUGAAGAUCAUGCCUUGCCACCUGUGAGGAACACUAUUCAACUCCCAACACAACCUUUGAAUUCAGAGGAGUGGGAUAAACUUAAGGCAGAUUUAAAAGGAAAUACCGGAAAGACCAGUUUCGAAAGUUGGAUCAUUUCACAGAUGGUUCGCUAUCAUAGCUCUAUAGAUGUGGCUAAAUCUCUGCUGGCAUGGGUAGCAGCAAAAAAUAAUGGUAUUAUAAGUUAUGAUUUACUGGUCAAGUAUUUGUAUCUCUGUGUCUUUCAUAUGCAGACAUCUGAAGUUAUUGAUGUCUUUGAAAUUAUGAAAGCCAGAUAUAAGACAUUAGAACCUGGAGGUUACACUCUUCUCAUCCGGGGAUUGAUCCAUUCAGACAGAUGGAGAGAAGCAUUGUUGCUGUUAGAGGACAUCAAAAAAGUUAUGACUCCUUCAAAAAAGAACUAUAAUGACUGUAUCCAGGGAGCUCUCCUUCAUCAAGAUGUAAACACAGCUUGGAAUUUGUAUCAGGAAUUGCUAGGUCAUGAUAUUGUUCCUAUGUUGGAAACUUUAAAAGCUUUCUUUGAUUUUGGAAAAGACAUAAAGGAUGAUAACUAUUCAAAUAAACUACUAGAUAUUCUUUCAUAUCUAAGAAAUAAUCAGCUGUAUCCAGGGGAAUCAUUUGCACACAGUAUAAAAACAUGGUUUGAGAGUGGCCAGUGUUCAGCCUGUGGAAAAACCAUAGAGUCUAUUCAGCUGAGUCCAGAAGAAUAUGAAUAUCUUAAGGGAAAAAUCAUGAGGGAUGUGAUAGAUGGAGGUGACCAGUACAAAAAGACAACACCUCAGACACUUGCAGCAAUCUACUCGGCUCGCUGCUGCCCGCGCCACGGACUGCCUGGGACUGCCGGCGCGCGCCACCGCUGCCUGCCUUUUCUCCUUUGGCUGCAGGCACGCAUUCGCCAUGUUGGCCACGCUGGUCGCCAGCUCCUGACGCCGAGUGCUCUGCCCGCCUCAGCCUCCCGAGGUACUGGGACUGCAGACGGAGUCUCGCUCACCUGGUGCUCGGUGUUGCCCGGGCUGGAGUGCGGUGGCGUGGUCUGGCCUCGCGGCAGCCUCCGCCUCCCAACCACCUGCCUUGGCCUACCAGGGUGCUGGGAUUGCGGCCGCUGCCCAGCCGCCGCCCCGUCUGGGAGGUGGGGAGCGUCUCUGCCCGGCCACCCAUCGUCUGGGAGGUGAGGAGCGCCUCUGCCUGGCCACCCAUCGUCUGGGAGGUGAGGAGCGCCUCUGCCCGGCCGCCCCGUCUGGGAAGUGGGGAGCGCCUCUGCCCGGCGACCCACCGUCUGGGAAGUGAAGAGCGCCUCUGCCCAGCCACCCAUCGUCUGGGAAAUGAGGAGCGCCUCUGCCCGGCCACCCACCGUCUGGGAAAUGAGGAGUGCCUCUGCCCGGCCACCCAUCGUCUGGGAAGUGAGGAGCGCCUCUGCCCGGCCACCCAUCGUCUGGGAAGCGAGGAGCGCCUCUGCCCGGCCACCCACCAUCUGGGAAGUGAGGAACGCCUCUGCCCGGCCGCUCUGUCUGGGAGGUGAGGAGCGCCUCUGCCCGGCCACCCAUCGUCUGGGAGGUGAGGAGCGCCUCUGCCCGGCCACCCACCGUCUGGGAGGUGAGGAGCACCUCUGCCCGGCCACCCACCGUCUGGGAGGUGAGGAGCGCCUCUGCCCGGCCACCCAUCGUCUGGGAGGUGAGGAGCGCCUCUGCCCGGCCACCCACUGUCUGGGAAGUGAGGAGCGCCUCUGCCCGACCACCCACCGUCUGGGAAGUGAGGAGCGCCUCUGCCCGGCCACCCAUCGUCUGGGAAGGGAGGAGCGCCUCUGCCCGGCCGCCCCGUCUGGGAAGGGAGGAGCGCCUCUGCCCGGCCGUCCCGUCUGGGAAGUGAGGAGCGCCUCUGCCCGGCCGCCCCGUCUGGGAAGUGAGGAGCGCCUCUGCCCGACCACCCACCGUCUGGGAAGUGAGGAGCGCCUCUGCCCGACCACCCACCGUCUGGGAAGUGAGGAGCGCCUCUGCCCGGCCACCCCGUCUGGGAAGUGAGGAGCGCCUCUGCCCGGCCACCCAUCGUCUGGGAGGUGAGGAGCGCCUCUGCCCAGCCACCCAUCGUCUGGGAGGUGAGGAGCGCCUCUGCCCGGCCACCCCGUCUGGGAAGUGAGGCGCGCCUCUGCCCGGCCACCCACCGUCUGGGAAGUGAGGAGCGCCUCUGCCCGACCACCCACCGUCUGGGAAGUGAGGAGCGCCUCUGCCCGGCCGCCCCGUCUGGGAAGUGAGGCGCGCCUCUGCCCGGCCACCCACCGUCUGGGAAGUGAGGAGCGCCUCUGCCCGACCACCCACCGUCUGGGAAGUGAGGAGCGCCUCUGCCCGGCCACCCCGUCUGGGAAGUGAGGAGCGCCUCUGCCCGGCCGCCCCGUGUCUGGGAAGAAAUGAGGAGCCCCUCUGCCUGGCCGCUCCGUCUGGGAUGUCUACCACGGAGGCCAGAAGCAAUGUGGGGGCUGGACGUGGUGGCUCACGCCUGUGGUCCCAGCACUCUGGGGGGCGAGGCGGGUUGAUCACUUCGGGCUAGGAGUUCGAGACCAGUCUGGCCAACUUGGCGAAACUUGAAAAAUACAACAGAGAAACCAACCAACCAACUCAGUGACAACAAAACAGGUCUACCCUGGAGUCAUACUCUAAUUUUUUCUAUUUUCCUCCCUUUUUGAUCCUUUAUCCCACUUUCUUUUUCUUCCUCUUCCUUCUCCCUCUUCUUUGUCAAAUAGAGGAUUGAGUUAUUAUCACUGAUCCAUAUAAAGUUCCUCUCUCAUUUAUUUUAACUCCCACCCCCCAUUUCUAUUCCCUGACUUCCCAUGUGCAACCUUCCUAAUAUGUUUGAUACGCAUCUUUUUGUUUGUAUUUUUAGAAAAUGUUUAUUGUUUUUGUGUGC